AGUUAGGGUGUUUGGUAGGUUUGCUAUUAGAAUUACCUCUCCUUAGUGGUGAGACUAGUAAGGUAGAAAUCUUGAUGAUAGGGAGAUUUGCGCAGGAUCGAAAGACUGUACUCAAUUUUGAAUUAAGAAUUACAGCGUUUUAGCCACCUGGAGUGUAAGCGGUUUAGGAUCUCUGUCUCACGAAGUCUAAGUUCACGAACAAGCAAGUGUAAAUGCAAAAUCAGAAAAGUUUAUUUAGCGAAAGAAUGAAAGCUCCGUGGGAAAAAGAUGUGUACAUCAUGGGUUCUUGUCACUUAGUUUGUGAAGAUUCAUUUCUCCGUGUAGGAGAACUAGCUUAAUUGUUUAUGCUAGUUAGGCGUUGAGCAUGUAUACUUUUUUAUUGGUUCAGUAAUGUGUUUGAGGUGGGGCUCGCUAGCAGGGUAGCAAGCGUGAAGGCUCGGCUCUCAAUCAGGUCCGCCGUCCCGCCGUUUUUUUCUUUGGUUAGAGAUCAAAAGGUUGUCUGUAGUUUGCUAAAAUGUCUGGACGUGGAAAACAAGGUGGCAAAGCCCGUGCUAAAGCUAAGACGCGCUCCUCAAGGGCUGGUCUCCAGUUUCCCGUGGGCCGUGUCCACCGCCUGCUCCGGAAAGGCAACUAUUCCGAGCGGGUCGGAGCCGGCGCCCCGGUGUACCUGGCGGCGGUGCUGGAGUACCUGACCGCCGAGAUCCUGGAGCUGGCGGGCAACGCGGCCAGGGACAACAAGAAGACCCGCAUCAUCCCGCGCCACCUUCAGCUGGCCAUCCGCAACGACGAAGAACUCAACAAGCUUCUCGGCAAAGUCACCAUCGCCCAGGGUGGUGUGCUGCCCAACAUCCAGGCUGUGCUGCUGCCCAAGAAGACCGAGAGCCACCACAAAGCCAAGGGCAAGUAAAGUGGAAAAAAUACUUUUUAAACAAAGGCUCUUUUCAGAGCCACCCACGUAUUCAUUAAAAGAGCCUGUAUUUUCCCUAGUUUUGUUAGAAACUUAGCAUUUUCU